ACUUUGGGCACAGAGAUCCUUUUGUCUUUUCAAAGGCGAGUUUCAAUUUCCUGUCUGUUUUUUAGAUAUAGGGGAAACAUGCAGUGUAUAAAUGUGUUACUGUGUGUAACUUAACAAUCAUUCACCAUACAGUCUGACCAGAUGGCCUUGAGAAAUGUUAAACAUUUUGUAGAAUAGAAUAACUAGAAAAGAUAAAGUAAACACAAACAGCAACAUUCACACGACAGAUAAUAAUGCUUACAAGGUAUACAAGAUAAAUGUAAGUCACACAAAUAUUUUUAAACCCGUACUGAUGCCGGUACAAAACUGUUAGCGGCUCUUGGGUUUAAUAGGUAAAGACCUGAGUCUACUGAGUUCAGUGGAUGUGUUAACGUUAGAUCGAAAAUGUAAUUACCCCUCUUAAGUGUGCUGUUCAUUUAUACAGUUAGCUAGCUAAAGUUAACAGUAGCUGAUAAGUAAUCUUGACAAGUGACUUGGACAAUUAAAUAGCAGGUUGUCAAAGAGUCUUAUACAUUUUUUGGGUUAAAAUAUUUGAUUUAGCAUAUUUCUAUGGUGGCCUUGAAUCCGUCUUCAUACUAAUCGACAUAAGCAUACAUGGCUAACGUUAGCUAGCUAGCGAAAUAAUCAAAUAGCUAGCUAAUUUAAAUACAGGUUAUUGAUACGAUUAUACUAUUACUUGGCGACUUUUACUUUGAAUUUUUGUCGAAACUCCGUGAUCCGGAAGUACUUUUUUAGUAUUGCGGAAUUUCAGACGAUUAAAACAACACAGUUAGCAGCUAGCUACCCAUCUUGUAUUAUCUAAACAUGUCUAAAAUACAGUUGUUGAGAGUUUUUCUCUACGAUAGAUUAACAGCUGCUGCUGAGGAGAUAUUCGAGGUCGUUGAAAAAACCAUAGCAGAGAAUCAGGAGGAAGUUGUCCGUCUACAGAGGCUACUCGACAUUGUUCUUCAACCUGAGAUAAAGCAAGACAGAGCAGAAACAAGGACAUUUCUAAGUGACCCCAAACUUUUGAACGACCUCCAGCAGCUCUGUCUCUCUGUCUCUGAAGUGGAGAUUCCCCCAGAGCAGCAGCAUUGUGAGCAGGAGUGGAGCCCCAGUCUGAGGCAUGAGGACCCAGAGUCCACACAGAUCAAAGAGGAACAUGGGGCCAGUCAGGAGGAAGAACAGCUUCAAGGGCUUGAGGCUCAUACUAAAGACUCCAUAUUCACUUCUGCUUAUGAUGAGGACCCAACUCAACCCUCGCAUCCCUAUCAAGCCCAAAAGGAAGGGAACGGAGAGAGAGACACUCUACCCAGCACUACAACUGAACAGAUCAAAACAGAACCGGAUGGAGAGGACUACGGAGAAUCAGAACCAACCAGUGUCUUUCAGCCCCUCUCUGCAGUAAAUCCAGACUGUUCUGCAGCUCCGAGUGAAAACAGUGAAAGUGACAGUGGGAUGGAYACUGGCGGACCUCCGUCAGGUUUCAAGUCAGUCAAAUCAAAGGGYACAAAGAUGGUAAAAGAACAAAGCUCCCUUAUCAACACUAAGGAUAACAAAUCCACACKGUUGUUCCAUCUGAAAUCACCUAGGCAAGGUCACGCUACUCCUGGUUGUUGUAAGGUGUGUGGCAAGUAUUUUCAUUACAUGGGCUUAUUAUUUAAACAUGUUCAAACUCAUACAAACGAUAAAGAAACACUUUGUGGAGUGUGUGGAAAGCAUAUGG